AUGUUAUGUUCCAUGUCCACUUUAAUGGAAAACUGGGAGGAGCCAAACUGGUCAUUUUCAGCGAGACUCUAUGGAAACAUCCGUAAAGCUAAAAGGAAAGAUGUGUCACUCUGUCUUCUUUCCUGUAACUUUAGCCAUUUAAAAGCGGGUUUCUGUAGUCUGCAGAACACGAGUGGGCAUUCUUUAACCAUCAGACGUUAUUGGCUUCGUAUUCGGGUUAGGGACAUGUGAACCUCUUGAGUAGAAAAACACAAGAUAGCAAAAAAAUAAAAGAUGAACUGGUGGUAGAAACGCUCACUAGUGUGCCGCACAGAAUCACUGCCUGCACUUAAUCUUCUGUAAUCUAGACGAGCUUCGAUGCCGGCGUCUUCUUGAACGCCGGUAUCGAAGUUCAUGUAUUCGUUACACGAACUUGAGUCAGUUUGGGUUGUAAUGCAUGUGUUUGAGGACAACAUUGAAUAAGGAGAGGGGUUUCAGUGAGUUACUGAAUGCUGUCGGGGCUGGACAGUGACAAGAUUUAACACGGAAGUGUAACGCAACGCAGCUGACCGCCCUCAAGAAGCUAAUUCACAAAGCUAGCCAACAAUGUGUUACAGUAAUGUUGCGGCAUGGCUGGACAAUCGUUAACAAUGUAGUGACGUCCUAAAUGCUGGUAGUUGUAAUAAGACUACUUGAUAUUUUGUGUGCAGCUGCAUAAAACGGAAAAAGAUCGGAAAGAAUAACUAAAAUAAUCCGGUUUUGCUGAGUGCUUGUGUUCUUGUCUGGUGUAUGUUUUGAGAAACUUUUCUCACAUUUUAUUCAAACCGCGGCUGCACUGUAACCGAUCAUUUCUCAAGCCGCUGUUUGCUGCUUUGUGCCGGUGCUGCUCUCUGUUCUGAUAAUCAGCAUGGGAAUCAACGUGGCUGUGGGCUGCAUCGUGUCAUACGUCCUCCUGGAUGUUGUCACCACCACUGUCCUGUACGCACAUGGAUCACAGCUGAGCACCUUCACAGAGGAUGCCCUCAACUUUAAUAUCCUUCUGUCUGCACUGGACAUCUGGGGGACAGUGCUGCUCCGAGCCUCCCUCCUGCUGGGAGCCUCUUUAGGGGUGACAUGGAACAAGGUGGACGGCCCGCAGAGGGUUGCUAAAUCCACCAGCCUUAUUCUCCUCAUCUGUCUGAUCGUCAUCACCUAUACAUUGGUCAAGCUGCUGAUGCUGACUGAGGUGAGGACUUUGAGCAUCAGUCACCAGCCCUGGCUCUUGAGCCUGAUAUGUUGGACUUGUGCCUCUUCUCUUGGAGUAAUGCUGCUCUGGAGGUGGCUGGGGAAGGAGCCCGACUCUGAGAGCAGCAGUAGUGGUGGAGGAGCAAGGGGCCGUGAGGACACUGAAAAGCUGGUGGAGACAGUUGGUGAGGAGGAGCAGGAGUUGGGCUCUGAGAGAAAGAAGGAGAAGGACAGCAGCUCGGGGGCCACACUGGGACGCCUGCUGAGCUACUGCAAAAAGGAUGCUGAGCUGCUCUCUGUUGCUGUCCUCUUCCUCAUCAUCUCUGCUGUGUGUGAGACCUUCAUUCCAUACUACUAUGGGAAAGUCAUAGACAGCAUGGUGAUUCACCAAAGCAUGGAGUAUUUUGCCAAACCUGUGAUCAUACUUGCAGCACUCGCCGUAGCUAGUUCAUUUGCAAUCGGAGUACGAGAAGGUGUCUUCACCCUGAUGUUUGCGAGAUUAAACAUUCGUCUCAGGAACCAUCUUUUCCGAACCUUGAUGAGGCAGGAAAUUGCCUUUUUUGAUGACAAUCACACAGGUGACAUCCUUUCACGUCUGUCUGCUGACACCACCCAGGUGAGCGACCUCAUCUCCCAGAACCUCAAUGUCUUCCUGGAGAACGUUGUUAAGGGCGUUGGCUUCUUCAUCUUCAUGUGUGGCAUGUCCUGGAAGCUCACACUGGUGACCAUCAUGGGAUUCCCUUUCAUUGGUCUGAUCUCAAAACUUUAUGGUGAAUACUACAAGAGUCUGGCCAAAAAGGUGCAAACAACCCUCGCAGAGGCCAAUAAAGUUGCAGAAGAAACCAUCUCAGCCAUGAGGACGGUGCGGAGCUUUGCCAACGAGAAUGGAGAGGCCGAUUCCUAUUACGCCAAACUCUUAGUCAUGUUCCAGUUCAACAAAAAACAAGCCCUGGCCUACGCUUGCUACAUGUGGUGGCUCUUGUAGGUCAAGAGCCUGUGCUGUUUGCCCGCACAGUUGAGGAGAACAUUACCUAUGGCCUGACUGAUGUCCCCAGGGAGGCAGUGCUGCAGGCUGCCACCAAGGCUAACGCUCAUGAUUUUAUUACCACUCUUCCUAAAGGCUAUGAAACAAGUGUUGGCGAGAAGGGCACACAGUUGUCAGGGGGACAGAAACAAAGGGUUGCCAUUGCAAGAGCUCUCAUCCGUAACCCUCGUGUUCUAGUCCUGGAUGAAGCCACUAGCGCUCUGGAUGCAGAAAGUGAACACAUUGUUCAACAGGCUCUGAACAAUGUCCUGCGACCUAUGUGUUUCCAAACAUAUAAAACAGGGUGGGGACCAAUAAAACUUGAAUGAAUAUCCUGUUUGGAUAUUAUAUUAGCUUUAAGGAAAAUGUGUUUCUGUUGAUGUGCUACACGAGAGGCGUGGUUGUAUUUUGUGUUUUUGUUUACCUCCGUAUUGCACUCCAGCAAUAAUUAUUAUUUUGUUGAAACUUCCUCAGGAUUUAGUUCUGCUGUUGUAUUGUUUACGCUGUAGCAGGCAUGGAGAUGCUGGCUUGUUUUUACUGCGUGGAGUAGGUGGUAUUAUUAGUAAAAGGAAAAGACAGGUGCCUUUGUCUGUGGAAUAGUGUGCAAUAAGAAUAUUAUAUGAUUGAAAAUGAAUAGCACUACAGAAACAUACUGCAAUUGUAUUUAACACUGACAAUGAAAAGUAAAUGUAGCUAAAUAAAAUAUUCCUUUAUUUUUGCAGACAUGUUAUAUAUGUAUGUAUAUAUGGCAAGUGAAUAUAUUCUGUAUAUGAUGGUAAAAUCCCCUUUUUAAAUGGCAAUAAUGGAUCAUGAAAUAUGAAUCUUACAGUCUGAUCUACGCUGUGUCUGUGUAAUACUGGUAAAACAUCCCAAAUAAAAUUCUGAAUUAUA